CUGUCUGGUGGCCGCGUUCAAUAAAUAAAGUUGGUAGAAGCAACAGGAGAAGUUUCCUUCUUUGCUUCGGAGCUGAAUAACACUGACAAGUUAACAGACUAGUAGCGAACGGAAAAGAAGACGGCUUUGUUUGUGUCGAAUACAGAAGAUGAGGACUUUGAUGGAUUUGUGGAUGAGGAUUGAUGAAAAAUAACCUGUGUCACAGGGUGGUGGAUGGACUUUGUGGGCAGGAGCCUCCUCACAAGGGGGACUACAACGCCACAUGGAGCCUGGGGGAAUGGCUGGAGCUCCUCAACUCUUUGUCAGCAGUCUUUCGCUGGGCAGUCGGUAACAACAGCUCCGAUGAGGAGGUACUCGCCGGCCUGUCAGAGGUGAGCAGCAGUCAUUCAGAGGCUGUGCUCCAUGUGCUUAAAGCCAGAAAGGAAGACAUUCGGCACGCUCUGCUUGACAGAACCAACUCAAUCACUUCUGCUACGCUACAAGACUUUGACUGGCAGCUUAAGUUGGCGCUGUCCAGUGACAAGAUCUCGUCUCUUCAGACUCCUCUGCUCAGUCUCAGUCUGGAUAUAAGAGAGAACGGAACUUUCAAGCCUGUCACCAUGGAGACAAACAAAGAGGAGCUUUCUACGCUGAUUAGUUCACUAGAGGCUGCUAAUAAGGUGGUACUACAACUGACAAACAAUGAAAAUAUCGCACAGCACUGAUCCUCCUCACACCUGCGACGUGGAAGCAUCAGUAAAUGGAAAUCAUCCUGGCACAUGACCUAUGGGAUGAACAUGUACAGUUCCAAUUUUGCAAAGAAUCAAGGUAAAUUCUACCCUAUGUAGCUACACUGCUGUCCUUCGUCCAGUGUGAUGGGAAGCUGCUGCCUAGCUGAAAGUUGGGUGAGAGGUCAGGGCUCUCAGUACUUUUUUUUUGUCAAGAAAUACAUGUUGAAUUGCACUUUGUUUGCAAUAUACAUACCCCUUGAAAUAAACAUCGUGCUUUGAAAAAAGAAUG